AAGGAAACGUCUCACCCUCGCUGGUACGGAUGGAGUAGUUUAAAAGUGAAAUGUGUGUCCUGAUACGAUCACACACUGAAACAGAAAAUUCAAAGAAUUAAGAAGAAAUCAAAUGUCGGGAUCACAGUGUUGUGAGAAUCCACCGACACUGAGCUCAGGCAGUGGAAGUGGGAAAGUUGAAGAAAUUGGAGGCCUCAGCAGCUAUGUGUCUGACCCUGCUCAUUCCAAAGCUGUUGUUAUUUUGAUAUCUGAUAUGUUUGGAUAUGAAGCUCCACUUUUGAGGAAGCUUGCAGACAAAGUCGGGGCUGCUGGAUUCUGUGCCGUGGUGCCAGAUUUCUUCCGCGGAGAUCCCUAUGUACUUGGUCAGAAUAUGGCUGAUUGGCUCACAGAUCAUGGAACUGAUCAAGGAUUUGAAGAUGCCAAGCCAGUUAUUGAAGCUCUGAAAAGCAAAGGGAUAACCAAGAUUGGAGCUGCCGGCUUCUGCUGGGGAGCCAAGGUGGCUGUGGAGCUGUGCAAGUAUCCUUAUGUCCAAGCCGGGGUGCUGAUACAUCCUUCUUUCGUCACGGUAGAAGACAUUCAGGGAGUUAAGGUCCCAUUAUCGAUACUUGCAGCUGAGAUCGAUGAUGGUUGUCCACCUGAGCUUGUCAAGCAAUUUGAAGCUGCCUUAAACGCGAUGCCUGAGGUGGAUAGCUUUGUGAAGAUAUUCGCGGGGUGUUCACACGGGUGGGCUUUGAGGUACGACGAGGAAGACGAAGAGGCGGUGAAGAGUGCUGAGGAGGCUCACAAGGACAUGCUAGAGUGGUUUGUUAAGCAUCUCAAAUGAAUUUGCAUCACCGUUUUAUUGCUUCUCUCUCUGCAGCACCCUCUACUGUUUCUGGAAUAAUAGAUUCUUGAUGUUGUGGGAGAAAAUAAAAUAAUGUGAGUUUUUGUGAAUGGCUAAUGUUGUGUAAUGCUAUGCAAACCAUGUAUUACAAAAUUUAAGUUGAUGGUCGAGUGUAAUAUGACUUUAAUUUACUAAUCAUGUUUAAGUACUUGAAAUCUUCUACCUCA